GGAGGUGCGGCCUGGGCACUGAGUCACUGCCUGGAGCUCCCAUCCAGUUGCGUGCGUACUUAUACCGAGUUAGGCUCAGCCCGGCCUCUUCUACUUCUCUCGAUCCCCGGGAGGGUGGAUCAAAGUGGGAGGAGCGGGAAGUGUUGAGAAACGCAAGCUCGGGAAGUUUUUCCUUGGAACAGCGUCGCUAGAGCAAGCCCCGUAGAAAGAAUACAUUUUAAGGCUUUUUACCGAAGGAACCCAGGGCGGCGAGCGCUUCUAGGGCUCGGGUGCCAGAACUUCGCUUCUGCACUUCCCUCUGGAUGCUGAAUGGUACAUUCCGAUCCGGAGUUAAAGUCUGGGUGCUGGGCAAAUCUGCGAGGACGGCUGGCAGAAUGGGGCUGCGAGCCGGCGGCAGCCACGGGCGAGCGGGUGCGGAGGUCGGGGCAGAAGGGCAGGAUCGGGCCUCUGAACCGGGGAAUCGCAGCAUACAUUCUGGCACCAUCGCCACCGUGCACAAUGUUCCCCUGAGCGUCCUCAUCCGGCCGCUGCCUUCAGUGCUGGACCCGGACAAGGUGAAGAGCCUCAUGGACACCAUCCAGGAGGACCCAGACCGGGUGCCGCCUAUUGAUGUCCUAUGGAUCAAGGGAGCCCAAGGAGGAAACUACUUCUACUCCUUCGGGGGAUGCCACAGAUAUGCAGCUUAUCAAGAACUGCACAAGGAAACAAUCCCUGCCAAGCUGGUCCGGUCCACGAUAUCAGACCUUCGUGUGUACCUGGGUUCCUCCACGCCAGACCUGCAGUAGUAACACCCUUGGCUCUUGGCCUUUGAGACUCACUGGAAAUGUGCCCAUUAAAGAGAUCAGAAGAAGCCAAGGAACACUGGUCCUUACCAGGACCAUGCAGAGUACAAAACGGGUGGGCUUGUGACCCAAAACAGGUCCCCUGACAAAGUACGACUGACUUCUGUAGUAUUCCUUUAAGAUUAGAGAAAAGGAUAGAGAAUCGUUCCCUGGGAUUUAAUAUCUUUAGACUCCCAUGUCUUGGGUUGAAGACUAUUGGCCCUGAGUUUAAGAACAGAAAGGAGCAUAAUGGAAAAAGAAAUGAAUUUGGAAUUAGAAUUUCCCUUGUUCAGAUCCCUUGUUCAGAUUUGUCACUUUUAUAUUUUUCUUUGUAACAUGAAGAUAUUGGACUAACAUAGCUUCUAAAAUCUUCCAUCUCUAGAGUCCUAUCAUUCUGAGAUCAUGUAGUAAGGGAGCAGAAUGGGAAUCUCUUUAUGGAAGGGAGGAGUAAAAGAAGUGAAGGAGAACCCUUUUCCAAUUUCAUAGGUGGAGGAGGCACCUUCUGUUCAUAUCAGGCUAAGGAAUCCAUGUCUAACUCUCUCCCCAUGGGAAGCAGGAAUCCUUGCAAUCUUUUCUUUUUAAGGAAGAAGAUUUAUACACAAUAAAUAAAAACCCCAACAGAUUCUGAUUUAGUGAAAACGGUUUUAGGCUUAGAGUAUGGGAUCCUGCAGUAGUAAUCCUAUGGGACCAUGGCAUCACAGACAAGUCUGUCUUCUAUUCUGUGUCUUUUCUUGUCUAAAAUUGUGAUAAAAAUAUUCGUACUAACCUACCUCUCAGGGUUGUUGUGAGGAAAAUUAUUUGCUAGAGUUGGGAAUUGUCAUCUAAUUUUCAUUAUGGGGUUAAGAUGGAAAGUCUGAGUACCAGCUGCUCUCCACUAUUAGUCCCAUAUUUCUUGUUCCUCAGACUAUUUUGCAGGUGGAUAAAAUUAUUAAUUUUUGUAAUGUAAUAAUAAAUGUAUUCAUAUAUAAGUA